AUGAAGAACCUGUUCAUCGUUGGCUUCGCAGCCUUGUGCUCAGCCAUCGAACCCACGACAAUAUAUGAUGGAGGUUUUGGCAAUAAAACAGGUUCCAAGGUUGAAUUGCGAAUCGGCAAUGGAGGCGCCGGACAAAGCGGUCUCAUCAAAGCUUUGGCAGAUGCCUUCAUCAAGGACACCGUCUCCAACGGCUCCUCUCACUUCAAAGUCGCCUGGUACACCUCCGACACCACCUAUUCCAUCAAGUACCUAUCAACCGGCGACCUCGACGUCGGAAUCACUUACACGCCGUCCGCGGAAAAGAUUGCCAUCAACCAAGGCAUCGCCCUCUCCCCAACCUACUAUGCCUUCCGCGACCACUUCCUCCUCGUUGGGCCCAAGGAGAAUCCCGCCAACCUAUCCAAAUCAGAUGAUAUCCAGACCAUGUUUUCCAAAAUAUUCGACGCCGCAGAGAACAAGGGUACAAAACCGCCAGUACGCUUCUUGAGCAGAUAUGACAAGUCAGCCACAAAUAUCAAGGAGAGUCUCCUCUGGGCCGGCAUUGGACAGGUUCCCUGGGCGACAGCCUAUUCGACAUGGUAUCACCAAUACAUCGCGUUUCCCAUCCAGGCCCUCACAGCCGCCAUCCUCCUCCAAGAAUACACCAUCAGCGACCGUGGAACUAUGCUGUCGCUGGACGCUAAACUUAGAAACGAGACGGUCAUUUACAAAGCCGGCACUGACAACGCAGACGAUCCGCUCCUGAAUCCAGCACAUCUUUUAAUCGGCAAGAAGGCGCCGAAUCCCAAGAUGGCUCUGGCCUUUGCCAAGUGGUUGGUCAGUACAAAGGGUCAAAAUGUGAUCAAAAACUUCAAGAAGGGUGGCCAGGUGCUAUACAGCGUUGCCCCAGCCUCCAAUUCAACGGCAUAA